AUGAUUAUUGAUGAUGUUGAACGUAUCAGUUAUUUUAAACGACUACACUAUUAUUAUGGAGAUAGAAGAAAGAAUAAGCGUUAUUUUCUGCUUGUUGGAUUCUGUGCUUUGUUGGUGGUUGCUGUUACUUGCACAGUUGUGCUUACCACGAAAAGUCGUCAUACGAAAGAGUCUUCCAGUUCAGCUUCACAUGGGUAUUCUUCAGCCGAUCUGCCACUCUUAAAUUGGGGUGUGUACAAACAUGCUGCUGUUGCAUCUGAUGCACAUACCAAUUGUUCAGAUAUUGGAGUGAACAUUCUGAAGCAAAAAGGUUCCGUUGUAGAUGCUGCAAUUGCUACCAUUCUUUGUGUGGGAAUCGUAAAUUUUCAGAGCUGUGGAAUUGGUGGUGGUCAUGUAAUGACAAUAUACAUCAAAAAAGAAAGAAAUGCCACUGCAGUUAUUGGUAGAGAAACAGCAGCAGCAUUUGCUAGUGAGGAUAUGUAUGUUGGGGGUAAAGCAUCUUCUGAUACAGGUGCCAUGUCUAUAGCAAUACCAGGUGAAAUACAAGGAUUGUGGGAAGCCCAUAAAAGAUUUGGUAAACUUCCUUGGAGGACACUUUUCCAGCCAACCAUCAAAAUGUGUCUUGAAGGAUAUCCACUGGCACCAGACACAGCUGAGGCCAUCCAGGGGUCUGCAAAACUAGUCAAAGCUAACUUUUCUGAAUUAUAUGAUUAUUUAUGGAACAAGAAAACCAAUGAUUGGUAUAAAGAAGGUGAGAUUAUCAAGAAUCCUCGUUUGGCCAAAACUCUGCAGAUCAUCGCUGACAAAGGUGCCGAUGAGUUUUACACUGGAGACCUUGCCAAAGACAUUGUUGCUGAUAUUCAAGAUGCAGGUGGCAAUAUAACACUUGAGGACCUAAAGAAUUACAGAGCCCGUGUGGAACCUGCUCUUAAUAUGCUGACAACAGAUGGCUACAGGGCUUUCACAACUCCUCUCCCUUCUAGUGGAGCUGUUUAUCUAUACAUGCUCAACAUUCUUGAAGGUUACAAUAUGUCCAAAGCUGAUUUGAGAAACACAAAGGCCUCUGUGAAAACUUACCAUAGACUUAUUGAAGCUAUGAAGUUUGCUUAUGCUGUACGAUCUUACAUGGGAGAUGAUAUGUUUUUGCCAAAUAUGACUCAGCUUGUGCAGAAUAUAACUAACAUUGAGAGUGGAAUGCUAACUCGGAAAAUGAUUACUUAUAAGACGCAUAAUUAUAAGUAUUAUGGACCAGCUUUUACAAUACCUGAGAAAACCGGUACAUCCCAUUUGUCAGUUUUGGCCCCCAAUGGUGAUGCUGUGGGUAUUACGAGCACUAUUAAUCUAUGGUUUGGCUCAAAAGUGAGAGGCAAGAGAACAGGAAUUAUUUUUAAUAAUGAAAUGGAUGAUUUCUCCACACCAAAUACCACAAAUGAUUUUGGUAUUCCAGCAUCUCCUGCUAAUUUCAUAAAACCAGGAAAGAGACCCAUGUCCUCAAUGUGUCCAUCUGUUUUGGUCAAUGACAAAGAUGGAGAGGUACAAAUGAUCAUUGGGGCAUCAGGUGGAAGCCACAUUAUAACAUCAGCAGCUUUUACCUGCUCAUAUCUAUCUAUCUAUCUAUGUUCAUGUUAUAAGUUUGUUCAUAUCUAUCUAUCUAUCUAUCUGAUUCUGUUCAUAUUUAUCUAUCUAAUUCUGUUCAUAUCUAUCUUAAAAUUUUUCAUAUAUAUAUUUAUAUCUACAUUCAAGACCUGCUCAUAUCUAUCUAUCUAUCUAUCUAUCUAUCUAUCUAUCUAUCUAUGUUCAUGUUCUAAGUUUGUUCAUAUCUAUCUAUCUAUCUAUCUGAGUCUGUUCAUAUCAAUCUAUCUAAUUCUGUUCAUAUCUAUCUAUCUUAAAAUUUUUCAUAUCUAUAUUUAUAUCUACAUUCAAGAUCUGCUCAUAUCUAUUUAUCUAUCUCAGGUGAACAAUGGUAAGGAAAAAUCUAUCUAUCUAUCUAUCUAUCUAUCUAUCUAUCUAAGUCUGUUAGUAUCUAUAUAUCUAUCUUCAAUUCAUAUCUAUCUAUUCAUCUAUCUCAGUCUCUUAGUAUCUAUAUAUCUAUCUCACAUUAUUCAUAUCUAUCUCAGUCUCUUCAUAUCUAUCGAUCUCAUUUUGUUCGUAUCUAUGUGCCGAUGUAUCUAUCUCUGUUCAUAUCUAUCUAGCUAUCUAAUUUUGUUCAUAUCUAAGUCAAUUCAUAUCUAUCUAUCUAUCUAUCUAUCUAUCUAUCUAUCUAUCUCAGUGAGUGCUGAGUCACUGUGGCUCGGACGAAGCAUUAAUGAGAGCAUCAGAUAUCCUCGUCUCCAUCACCAACUGAUUCCAGAUCAUAUUGAUGUUGAACAUGGCUUUCCAAAGGAAAUUGUUGACGGACUCAAAGCAAGAGGGCACAAGAUUAAAAAUGUAGCUAAAGCAGGUUCUAGAGUCCAAGGAAUUCUACGAAAAUCAGAUUUAAUAUAUGCAAGUGCAGAUUAUCGAAAAGAAGGCACUGUAGCUGGAUGGUAG